CUGAACUUCUUUCCUCCACCCUUGCGCAUGCACACGAAAGCGCAUACUAAUAACAAACUUAGUUGGUCUCUAAGGUGCUACCGGAUGGAAUUUUUUAAUUUUGUUUUCCUUUAAAACCGGAUUAACGAUGCAAUUCUGGGACCGCCUCCCAUUGGCUGGAGCGAGCGAGGAGUGAUCGCCUGCGGCUGUAAAGCGGCUGGAUCAGCUGGGCGGAUCGAGAUUCGGACGGUGAAGGGACGCUGCGCGAGAAGAAGGGGUUUACGCAGCUCAGCCGACUCCCGUAGUGGUGGUGCAGAGGUAAAUAGCAUAUUUCUGGGGUGCGUGUCUUUUGCGUGUUUAGGGUGCAGCCCUGCGCGUCUCCUGUUUUUUUUUCUCCUCCCCCUCCAACUGCGCUGCUUUUCUGAUGAUAACAAUUGCGUUCUAGAUCUCAGUUCCACGACACUUUCCCCAUCUUCCCUCCUUUGCAGCCCCGGUAUUUGGGAUCUGCGCGCGCCCUUCGGUUGCUUUUUGCGCGCAACGCAGUCGGCUGUGGAGCAGUUGCUGCAAAUGGUUUCAGCAGGUCGGAAAGGGGGCGGGGUGGGUUGGAUCCCGACUGGAGCCGCUCUGAUUCCAGUCUACAAAUAUCUUGGAAGCGUUUGGGGUGGGUGGGGCUGAUAGUAAGAGCAAUUUCCAGGGCGGAAAUCCUGUUGAAGUUAUAAUGCUUCUAAUUUGCAAGAAAAAGUUUCUCCCAGGGCUCCUUCAGGCAACCUGCGCGUUAAAUAGCCAUCCUGAUUGGAUGGCUAGACAACGCCUGCUCAUAUUACUGAGCAUUGAUGUUGAUUUACCGGUACAGAGGCUAUACUGUAUCCGCUCUUUAUUAAGCGCUAAUUCCAUGUUGUAUUAUCCUGCACUUUAGUGCAUUUCCCUGUUACUUUGCCGACCCCAGAAAGUCUGUUUUGAAAAACAGCAACAACACGGAUUGUUGCACAAGAGCACUUCGUUCUGCUUUAAUGAUUGCACAAACCUGAUUUUCCAGUAUGCGAUUGAAUCCCUCCUGCAAAAUACAGAGUCUGCAGUUGACCCUUGUGAAAAGGGAGAGGGAUAAUCCUGCAAACCUAGAUAAUCUUGUAAAUAGCCUAGAUCCAGUGUCAGCAGGGUUGCCACCUUGCUUCAGGCAGGGCUAUACCUACAGUUGCUUAAAGGUAAAGGGACCCCUGACCAUUAGGUCCAGUCGUGACCGACUCUGGGGUUGCGGCCCUCCUCUCGCUUUACUGGCCGAGGGAGCCGGCGUACAGCUUCCGGGUCAUGUGGCCAGCAUGACUAAGCCGCUUCUGACGAACCAGAGCAGCGCACGGAAACGCCAUUUACCUUCCCGCGCAAGCGGUACCUAUUUAUCUACUUGCACUUUGACGUGCUUUUGAACUGCUAGGUUGGCAGGAUCAGGGACCAAGCGACGGGAGCUCACCCUGUCGUGGGGAUUCAAACCGCCAACCUUCUGAUCAGCAAGUCCUAGGCUCUGUGGCUUAACCCACACACAGUUGCUUAGCAGGUAGAAAAUAAAGUUUUCCUCUUGCAAUGUAUUAGUAUGCUCCAGUUGAUCCUGCCCCCUAUCAGGGACAGCCCCCUAUUUUCACAUCCCUGCCCUUUGUGAAUCACUAUUGCCCUAUUUUUUUGCCUUUCUGUGGAUGCCUUGUUAAAAAUAUAUAUUUUAGUGCCAGUGGUUAUGGUAGCUAUUCUCUGGUGUUCAACCUCUAGUCUCCCCAUCUCCUAGUUAAUCCAGUCUAGGAGUGGGGUGCAUUUGUGUGUGUUUAUGGGUGAACAAUAGGGUACCAUGCAGUGUCCAGAUUGGUAAAUUCACACACUGAUUGCUUGGCUUAGUAAAUUUAUUUCCAUGCUGCCUUUCCACAAUGCAGAUUGUAGUUGCCAUCCAAGGAGCAUCAGUUCCUUGACUUAGAUGCAGUUCAGAGAGGGAGAGGUUUUCUCCUGAGGCUAAUGAUUUACACCUUAUCUCCUUUAUAGCUACCGUAAUUGUUUAAACUGUUGAUAACAGUAGCACAAUGGGUGGGGGGGACUCCAGCUUGCCUUUUAGCCUUUUUCUCAAUUUUUAUACCUGUAGCCCAUGGGUAGGCAAACUAAGGCCUGGGGGCCGGAUCCAGACAAAUUGCCUUCUCAGUCCGGCCCACGGACGGUCCGGGAAUCAGCAUGUUUUUACAUGAGUAGAAUGUGUGCUUUUAUUUAAACUGCAUCUCUGGGUCAUUUGUGGGGCACAGGAAUUUGUUCAUAAUUUUUUUCCUUCAAAAUAUAGUCCGGCCCCCAACAAGGUCUGAGAGGCAGUGGACUGGCCCCCUGCUGAAUAAGUUUGCUGACCCCAAUAUCCUGGGGCAGAUGGGGCUGAUCAACCUGGGAAGGCAGUCCAUCUAAGAGAAGGGAAACUGUGACCCUAAACCUCCACUGCCUUGCGGGAUAUAUUUGGGAGAAGAGAAGACUCAGGAGUAAACCCUACACACAAAUCAAGAGAGUAGUCACUAAGGCAAGGCCUUGUAUGCUUCCUUUCGGCAACUCCUGCAGCCAAGCUGGUGCUAAAUGUAUUGCUCUGCUGUCCUUUGGACCACAUCAGCAGGGCCGGGGUGUGUGUGUGGUCUUGUCACCUGGGCAGGCCAGGACCUCCAUACACACCACCCAGGCUUGCGCCCCAGGGAGGUCACCCAAGGAAGUAGACUUUUUCAGUUAAGGGAGGCUGCCCCACUGAAGCCAACUAGACUGGCAUGUGAAACUGACUUCAACACUUAGGAUAGGGUGGUGAGGGAAGAAGGUUAACUUAGGGGGUGCAGUGCAGGCUGCUUGCUUUACCCCACCAGGCACAUCCUGGGCCUACUGCUGACUCGAGGUCCCCAGCCCUGGAGGUUUACAACACCCUCCUCCUCCUGUUGCUGCUGCCAGACACUCCCAGACUUGAGAGCGAGCUCAGCUUCCCUUGUCCAGCCUUUCAUGCCUUCUAGAAGAGGGGUCAGCAAACUUUUUCAGCAGGGGGCCGGUCCACUGUCCCUCAGACCUUGUGCGGGGCCAGACUGGUUUUUUUGGGGGGGGCGGGGGAGAACUAAUUCCUAUGCCCCACAAAUAACCCAGAGAUGCAUUUUAAAUAAAAGGACACAUUCUACUCAUGUAAAAACACGCAGAUUCCCAGACUGUCCGUAGGCCAGAUUUAGAAGGUGAUUGGGCCGGAUCCAGCCCCCAGGCCUUAGUUUGCCUACCCAUGCUUUAGAUCUUAGGCUUGCUGGUGGAGAGGCAGGAAGCCUGGGGAAGGCAUUCAAAGGGAAUAUCUCCCAUUGAAAUUCCAGUUCCACACCCAGCAGGUGCCACACCCACAGUUAAAAGGUGAGGCACAGCACCCUAGGCUUGUCCCUUCGAUAGCUCAGCUGGUAGAGCGGAGGACUGUAGACUGCUGCCAAAGUCAUCCUUAGGUCGCUGGUUCGACUCCGGCUCGAAGGACAGAUUUUUUUUCUUCUUGUUUUUGCCAGAUGCAUCAGCAAAUCACGCAGUAAGACAGUAUUUGCAUGCAGUGCUGAAAUUAGUAGUUUGUGCUUUAUAUUGGUCCGUAAUGUGAAAAUUCGAGCCUGGCCUUAAUUUGCCUACCCAUGUUCUAGAAGGACCAGCAGGAAGUCCUCCAGGUGUUGUACAUCAGGGAGAUGUGUUUCCAUCACCGUGGCAACAGCACCAUGCCAGCCCUCCAUUUUCCUUUGCUUCCUAGCUAGUCCCAACCCUUCGUUGCCCCAGCAACAGCUGAUGCUGCUCUGGUUGUGAGCUGUAUCCCUUUCAUUUCCACUGUGCACCCCAUCUAUGUGGCUUGAGUCCCUGCUUCUGGUCGUGUCUUCCGUUCCUCUACUGUCGCCGGUAAGGAGAACAACAGAAAAUCCAGAAAACAGUCACAUCCAUACAUUUAAAACAAGUCUUACUACGCCACUUCCCCUUUCACAAAGAAUCCUGGGAAAUGUAGAUUGUUAAGGGUCUCCUCACAACUCGGCACGCCUAAAAACUACAGUUCCCAAGAUUUGUUGAGAGAAGCUGUGUGUUUUAAGGUGACGUAAUAAAGUUUUAAAUGUACGGUGUGGAUGUGACCGAUAGCCCCAAACAGCUGUAUCCUCAGAACCUAAACCCACAUGUAAGACAUAAUAGAAAAUGAACCUAAACCACCCUCUGUCCACGCUAAAAAUUUCCAGCGUUAGGUCCAGGCAGGUCUCCCAAGGAGGGCCUUCCGUAGGAUUGGCCCCACAACAGAAAAGACCCUGCUGUUUCACUUUGUAAUUUUGCUGGAAGCUGCCCAGAGUAGCUGGGGCAACCCAAUCAGGUGGGUGGGGUAUAAUAAAUAAAUUGUUAUUAUUAGAGAUAUACAGUGGUAUCUUGGGAUGCGAAUAGGAUCCGUUCUGGAGCCCCGUUCGCAUCCUGAAUAGAACGUAAGACGCGUCUGCUCGGGCCGCGUUUUGCCGCUUCCGCGCAUGCACGUGAUGUCAUUUUGAGCGUCUGCGCAUGCGUGAGCGUCAAAACCCAGAAGUAACCCGCUCCGUUACUUCCGGGUUGCCGCAGAGCGUAACUUGAAAACGCUCAACCUGAAGCACAUUCAACCCGAGGUAUGACUGUACUCACCACCCUUCAGCUGGUGAAGGAAUCCGAAGCAGAGCCCUGAUGUGGAUUGAAACAGUUGAGAAGGCACAGGCAGAGGAACACUGUCCUUCAGAUAACCAGAUGGUUUUGGACCUUAAAGGCACGAAUUCACAACUUAAAUCGGGCCUGGGAACAGACAGAUAACUUGUGCAGAUCAGAUGGCAGGAAUGGGGUAUGUUCAAGCCACGACAUCCCAUAGGAUGUACCAAUAAUCAAUGAAGCCAAAGAGAGGUUAAAACAUAGAUUUUCCCCCUCAUACCGUUUUUAUUAUUGAUGUAUUAAAUUUGUGUUCUGCUUUUUGCCUUCAAGGACCCAGUGUAGUGUAGUGGUUAGAGUGUCAGACUAGGACCUGGGAGACCAUGAAGCCCAUUGGGUGACCUUGGGGCUGGUCACAUGACUCCCUGCCUAAUCUGCCUCAUUGGGGUUGUUGUGACAAUGAAGACAGAGGAGAGAACCCAAGUAUGGAGGAAAGAGUGGGGUAGAAACGAAAACUAUAAAUUUAUUAUAAUAAUUGAUUAUUGGCUAAUGAAUCCGUUAGCCGUUCUGUGCAAAAUAUAAAGGCCUCAGGGUAGAAUACCGCUGACUAACCCGAACAUUUAAAACCAGAAACCGUUGUUCAAUUGCACGCUGCUUGGAGAACUGCUAACAUGGAGCAGAAGGGUUGUGUUCAGGUGUACAUGCCCAGAAGUCACUCAUUUUUAAGCUGUUUUUCAUUGCCAGAUUUCGCCAGCAUGAGGGAUGACAGCAACCUGUUUGAGCCACUUCUGGACGAUGGGGACGACAGCAAGCUCAUACCUGUGCAGAGAUUCUCGUACAGAGAGAAACUCUGGGGAAUCCUGCCCCGAAGCUCUGCGCCAUCGUGGCUCUACGGCAUAGAAUGUGGCGUGCCCAGUUUCUCUGACAAGUCCACUAUGACUCAGACGACCAGGCCUCUGGGCAAACGAAAAACCUGGACUUUUAUUCUGGUUCUCCUUGCCCUUCUCACCCUCCUCGCCCUGGCUUUUAUCGGGGCUCUGUUCUGGGCCCCGUGGAGACAGCAGUCUCCCGUUGAAGCCAACAAGGCAAAAGCUGGGGAGAACGCAACAGCGGCCAUCUUGGUUGGGCAGAAAAACCUCAGUCUUGCGGCUCUACUGGAAGCCGAGAUGCAGGAGCCGCAAGAGGGAGCCAUGCGUAAGUGCUUGGAGGAAGCUGUUCACAAGUUUUCUGAGGAACCAGCCAUGGUGCGGAAGAACUCCAGGAUGAUCCUUCAGUGUAACGGAACAAAGCAGGAGUUCGUUUCCGGAAAAGGGGAAAUCCACAUCGAAGUGGUCUGGAUCAACGGCACGGCGUCAUACAUCCUCGAUGAGUCCAGCCCAGAAGUCCAUGUGGCAAGGCUUGGGCGCCACCCGAUGCCACUCAGUCUUGCCAGAAUCAGUGGUGUCCUCCAAGACCUGCCAUCCAACAUCUCCGAGACUCGGGGAGAUUUGAAGGAGCUGCAUAGCUGCCUCGACAAGACCUUGCAAGAAUUUCCACAUGAGCCAGUGGUGCUGCAGGACGAUGCCAAACUGAUGGUGACGUGUGGAGGAGUAAAUCUGACCUUCAUCUCCGGUGAGGGGCAGAGCGAUAUCAACGUGUACAGAGAAGACGGGGAAGUUCAGUAUCAGGUGAAGCCUACCUGGUCGGCUUGGUGGGCCAGGCUUUUCAAAGGAAGGCUUGGUUGAGUGACAGGUUGGAGGAGCCAGCGCAGGAGGUACCUUUGUGGUGCUGCUGGGGAGUCAAAAGGACUGACUAUAAGGCAUCUCGCUGCUGCAGUUUCAAAUAUGCACCACCCUCAAGAUCCCAUUAUUCCAAUGUUCUCUGCAGUUCCUGUCAAUCGCAUAUCUGGCAAUGAAUGAUUAUUCACUAGUGAUGUAUAAAACAAUCAAAAUCUUUGGUCCAGGAUAUGAUUUCAGGGCGGGCAGGGCAUUUCUUUUUUUCCUAGGUCAACAACUAUGCCUUAAUCACAGAUUUAAAAUUUUAUGCAUGCAUCCGUCCUACUGCCAAGUUUGUAAAGGUUUUUAAUGAUUAGGAUCAUGUGUGACAAUCUUUUCCCCCAACCCAGAAAGUUCAAGGGCUGCACCUUAUGCGUCUUGUUCUUCUGUGUUCUGUUUACUGAUUUAUGAAAUAAAUUUUUUGUUCUUUUUGUUUUGUGUGGGGGGC